AUGAAGAUGAGAUCUCUCCGUAUCUUCGCCCCCUACGCUCUUCUGAUUCUCUGCGGAUUGGUCAAUUGGACCCAUUCAAAUCCCACACCUAUGACAGAAAGUGAUGUGGCCAAUUUGGUAGCUGAUGAAAGUCUUAGUGAUGGAAAAUUUGUCACGACUGGCGUCAACCACGGUCGCACGGCUGAUCCUUCAUCACAAGUUCUAGAAAGAGUGGAGCCAGAAAGUGCAAAAACAAACGAAAAUUUCAAAUCAUUGGCCGGUGAUGAUGCAAGAGGGAGUCAAACUAACCACGCAAGUAAACCAAAGACGCCGGCUCAAGGAGAAAAGAAGACAUUUCUGCAAAAACUCCGAUCCUUCUUUGCUGAUGGGCCAGUCAAAGUCCGGAAAAAAAUCAAGCAAUGGUUCUCGAAGGCAAAACCCUCUAAAUAUGACAAAAAGAAGGUCAACAACCCCAAGGCAAAUCCGAAAAAAGACCUGUUAUAUAUUCCUGAACCCAAGACAUCAGCGGUAGAGAAUUCAGCUAAAGAAAAACCAAAUGAUUCAUCGGUUCACGUGCAACAGAUUGGGAACAAAAAGCCUCAGGAGGAAUUUAGAACCCCCACACCUCGGAUCAAGGAGGCAUCUCAACAAGAUGAAUUCUUCGCAUCAGAUAGGUCGGUCAAGGACUGGGAAGAGAUUGAGAAUAUGUUCUCACCUUUGUCUGCUUUUGACGAAUCAGAAGAGGUAAAAGGUAGCCAACAUGAUGUCCUAGCAUUUAUAAAUGGGCGCAUCCAUGAAGUGACAGCCAUCUUAGAAAAACCAGAAACAAUUCCUUCAGGUUUUCCAAUGGAUCAAGAAUUUCUGAAAACGUUGCAGAAAACCAUGGAGGAUGAAGAAUCUCAAUAUCGUUCCUCGCGGUCAAUAGUAGAAAAAGCCAAAUUCACUUUCACAAAGGAGGAAAAUAAAUCACUGCAUACUGGUUGGAAUAUCAUAAUUCUGGAUUGA